AUGUCGUACGACCCUUGGACAGUCUAUAAGGAUCGGAAUGACCCGUCGUCGAUCGACUACAACAAGCUAUCGAACAUGUUUCAAAAUGGACGUUCAGGGUACUCGGUCAGCGUCUCCACUUCCAGUACCACAACAAGUUAUUUCCCUGUGUUCCUGGUUGUGGGAUUGGUGGUGGGUUGUGGGGUCCUCUUCUGCCUCAUAGUCCUUUGUUGCAUAUGUUUUCGCCGUAAAACCCCCGGCAGGAUCCUUGUAGCGCCCCCCGCGGUGACGACUCAGACGACGGCGCCGUACCUCCAGGAGCAGACCAAUCCUUGCUACAACAUGCCUCCUGCCGGAGGAGCAGCUCUCUACCCCAUGGUGCCUACUUCAAGUCCGAGCACGUACGCGUCCGAACAAACCACGGCACAGUACAAGGCAGAAAUUGGCGCCUCAGGGUAUCCACCGGCCUACGAGACGGACCGAAUGCUGCACGUCGAUAGCAAGCCGCCCCUCCACUAA